AUGGACGAGAGGAACGGCGCGGAGGACGCGAUCGGACGGAGGGACGAGCGCGGUGCGAUAGACGAGUUGCUUUGCUUUGCUUUGCUUUGCUUCGCGCGGCGGUCAACCGAGUUGACCGACGCCGCGAGUGGUUGUGACAGCACUACACUAUAUGACUUCCAGAAGAAAAUUGCUUGGACCGUACGAUUCCAAAUUGCGAGCGCGCGACGCCCGAACGCCAUGACGUCGCGCGCGCCGCAACCGAUGCCCCCGCGCCCGCGCGCUCGCGCGUCGCUCGCGCCCGAAUCCCCGAUGUCGUCGCCGCGGAGGAAGACGCGCGCCAUCGCGGGGUUGAACGCGGACUUGUUGGACCAACUCAGCUUCUACGGGUCGUACCACAGAAACGCAAUCAACCAGUGCAUCCACUUCGUCUUCGUGCCGGGCAUCGUGUGGAGCGCGCUCGUGUGGAUGGCGUCCUCGGGGCCGCUGCUCCCCGCGUCCGCGCUGAAUCUCCCCGCGGCGAUCUCGUCGACGCCGUGGAUGGGCGCGGCGCUCCCGGACGCGCUCGUCGCCGCCGCGAGCCCGAAUCUCGCAUUCUUUGCGAUGCUCGCGUACGCAUCCCAUACACUGGUCCCCAUACGACCGCGUCGGCGUGGUGAACGCCGAUCCUUAAGGACUUUGCCCGGCGCAUCUCUCCGCCCACCCAUCGCUUUCAAUCCCCGCCCGCGACGCCUUUCAACUCCAACUGACGCCUUUGAACUUCGCCCCGACGUCGCUUUGUAUGGAACGACCCUCAGGUACGCGUUCUACUACGUCCUCCUCGAGCCCUUCGCGGGCGUCGCGUGGACGCUGCUCGUGGGGGUCCCCUCGUUUCUCACCGCGACGUGGUACCGCGCGGCGCGCGGCGACGCCGCGUGCGCGAACGCGCUGGUCGUGCAUCUGCUGUCGUGGUACAUGCAGAUACAUCCGGGGCACGCGGUGUUCGAGAAGAGAAGGCCGGCGCUGACGGAGUCGCUGUUUCAGUCGCUCGCGCUAGCGCCGCUGUUCGUGUGGUUGGAGGCUCUGUUCGCGCUCGGGUACCGACCGAAGUUGCGCGCGAGGUUGAAACGGCGGGUCGCGAGACGCGUGGAGCGGAUGGACGCCAUUAAAGCGAGAGGGCUGGCGGAGAGGCCGAGUUGGAAUCGAACCGUGAGUAAGACCGUCAAACCGGAGAUCCAAUGA